CUUGUGAUACGCAUGACGAGAGGUUUCCCUUUUGAUUCAAAUUUAAGAGUUGCUUUUUUCCGCCUCUAUCGAAAGUGGAAACAAAGUAAAGCAUCACACCAACUAAAACAAACACAAUUUUUGAAAUUGCGAUUUUCAUCACUUUCCAACACCUUAGAGGCCUUGCUAUUUAUUUCCCCGCCCAAUCGGAUGAUAAUUGAAUUAAUCGAUUAACUGCUAUCACGAGCUCGUUGUUGAAGUUUGAUUUGUGUCUUGAGAUUCCUCUGUGGUUGAGUUAGUUGUGAGAAGAGAAGAGAGCAUCAUGGUGUUGAGGAAAGUGGGAAAGUAUGAGAUUGGAAGGACCGUUGGAGAGGGAACCUUUGCGAAGGUUAAGUUCGCUCAGAACACAGAAACUGGUGAGAGUGUCGCCAUGAAGGUGCUCGACCGUAGCACCAUCAUCAAGCACAAAAUGAUCGACCAGAUCAAGAGGGAAAUUUCUAUUAUGAAGCUAGUCAGACAUCCAUAUGUUGUUCGUCUGCACGAGGUUCUAGCAAGCCGUACUAAGAUUUAUAUCAUAUUGGAGUUUAUUACGGGUGGUGAAUUGUUUGAUAAAAUUGUAAACCAUGGGCGUCUUAGUGAAGCUGAAUCUAGAAGAUACUUCCAACAGCUUAUUGAUGGGGUAGAUUAUUGCCACAGUAAAGGAGUUUAUCAUAGAGAUUUAAAGCCUGAAAAUCUUUUACUUGAUUCACAAGGAAAUAUAAAGAUUUCAGAUUUUGGUUUGAGUGCAUUUCCAGAACAGGGGAUCAGUAUGCUUCGCACAACUUGUGGGACUCCUAAUUAUGUAGCUCCCGAGGUAAUCAGUCACAAGGGUUACAAUGGUGCUCCAGCAGAUGUUUGGUCCUGUGGAGUUAUCCUCUACGUUCUAAUGGCUGGAUAUCUUCCCUUUGACGAACUUGAUCUAACUACGUUGUACAGUAAGAUUGAGAAAGCACAGUUUUCGUGCCCUUCUUGGUUUCCUGUGGGAGCAAAGUCUUUAAUACACAGAAUUUUGGACCCAAAUCCUGAACAUCGUAUAACCAUUCAGCAGAUAAGGAAUGAUGAGUGGUUUCAAAAGGGAUACAUUCCAGUCAGUCUCCUCGAGUAUGAAGAUAUAAAUCUGGAUGAUGUAAAUGCCGCAUUUGACAAUGUUGAGGAUCAGAGGACUAAUCACCAAUGUGAGAAUGACGACAUGGGUCCUCUAACUCUUAAUGCAUUCGACAUGAUAAUUUUAUCUCAGGGCUUAAACCUUGCAACCUUAUUUGAUCGUGGACAGGACACUAUGAAAUACCAAACACGCUUCAUCAGUCAAAAGCCACCAAAGGUGGUUUUAUCAAGUAUGGAAGUUGUGGCACAAUCAAUGGGAUUUAAGACCCAUAUUCGCAACUAUAAGAUGAGAAUAGAGGGUAUUUCUGCAAAUAAGACUUCUCAUUUCUCAGUUAUACUGGAAGUUUUUGAAAUUGCUCCUACAUUUUACAUGGUGGACAUUCAAAAAGCAGCUGGAGAUGCAGGUGAAUAUCAAAAGUUUUACAAUAAUUUUUCUAGCAAUCUCGAGGAUAUCAUGUGGAAACCAUCCAAUGAAACAAGCAAAUUAAGGAAGUCCAAGACUAAAUGAAAAGGGCAGUAGUUUCAUCGCCUGCGGUAUCUUCGGCACUGAUUGAAAAUUGUAGAAAAAACAAAAGAUCUAGUUAUAGAGAGCACCUGACCCUUGCAUAUCUUUAAGGUUAAAAACCCAACUCGGCUAAGCCCCCUCUUUAGUAUCUUUAACCACCCCAAGCCUUUUUUAUCCAGGAUUGUAUAACUUACCCCCAAGUAAAAAUAGGAUUAAACAACUCUAUAGGAUGUGAUUGGUGCAAUUAAAAAAAGUUGUACAAACCAUCUUGAAGUACAUAAUUAACUGCACUAAUUACUUUUAAUGAGGUUGUUUAAUUAAGGUACGUAAGACAACAUUUUAUCCCUAUAGAAAUAGAAAACCAAAUUCAAGUUCGAAAUAGAAAAUAGGAAUCUGGUAUAAAACAGAUACAUUUACAGUAUUAUAAGGUUGAUCUUUGUAAAUGUCUUUUAUCUCCAUUUUUUGUUCCUAGUUCCUACCAUUACAUUGUAUUCAACUAUCCCGAUCCUAUAGUUAGAAGAGUGCCAGUGUUGAUUUAAUUGUACGAAUCUUAUAUUCAUGUUUUCAGUAUAUUGAGUGUGUAUUAGGAUUUAUUUUCAAUUCUACUAAAAUCAAUUACAAAGCUACGUUGAAGUCAAAGUAA